AUGUCUUUCUUCUUCAUAGAUUUAGGUCCUAUGAACAGAUCAGCAACAUACGCUGUGACUGAGUUUGUUCUCCUGGGAUUCCCUGGUUGCUGGAAGAUUCAAAUUUUCCUCUUUUCAUUGUUUUUGGUGGUGUACGUCUUGACCUUGCUGGGAAAUGGCGCCAUCAUCUGUGCAGUAAAAUGCGACCCGCGCCUACACACCCCCAUGUACUUUCUGCUGGGAAACUUUGCCUUCCUUGAGAUCUGGUAUGUUUCCUCCACUGUUCCUAACAUGCUAGCCAACAUUCUCUCCAAGACCAAGGCCAUCUCAUUUUCUGGGUGCUUCCUCCAGUUCUAUUUCUUCUUUUCACUGGGCACAACUGAAUGUCUCUUCCUGGCAGUGAUGGCUUAUGACCGAUACGUGGCCAUCUGCCGCCCACUGCACUACCCUACCAUCAUGACUGGGAGACUCUGUGGCACACUGGUAUCUUUAUGUUGGCUCAUUGGGUUUCUUGGAUACCCAAUCCCCAUUUUCUUCAUCUCCCAACUCCCUUUCUGUGGUUCUAAUAUCAUUGAUCACUUCCUGUGUGACAUGGACCCACUGAUGGCUUUGUCCUGUGCCCCAGCUACCAUUACUGAAACUAUUUUUUAUGCUCAGAGUUCCCUUGUCCUCUUUCUUACUAUUAUGUACAUUCUUCGAUCCUACACUCUGUUGCUCAGAGCUGUUUUACAGGUCCCUUCUGCAGCUGGCCGACGAAAGGCCUUCUCUACUUGUGGUUCCCACUUAGUUGUGGUGUCUCUUUUCUAUGGCACAGUCAUGGUGAUGUACGUGAGUCCUACAUAUGGCAUCCCAACGUUGAUGCAGAAGAUUGUCACAUUGGUAUAUUCAGUCAUGACUCCUCUUUUUAACCCUUUGAUCUAUAGUCUUCGUAAUAAGGACAUGAAACUUGCCCUAAGAAAUGUCCUGUUUGGAAUGAGAGUUGGUAAAAACGUAUGA